GAGCGCAAUUUCAGCAGUAGGACUAGAGUCCUGGUAUGAGCUCUGUUGUGGUUUGCCUGGUCAGUAGUGUGCAGUGGUUCGUGUGGUCAGUCACAGGGUUUACACUCUGUCCUGGGAUGCACUGUUGACCACUUUCAUUGAUGAGUAGCUGGCCCUUCACUGGACAAGCUAAAGCAUCCCAGACUGGCCAAGAGGAUUUUUCGGUUUUCUGCCCUCUCACUGAGGACAAAGACUUUGUGUGUGUGUGUGUGUGUGUGUGUCUGUUUUCACACAUUGGAAUACGACUGAGAGUGAGAGAAGGAGCGAGAGCGAGAGGCGACUGCUCUUUUUGUUUCGGGAUUAUAUUUUGAUUUGCUCAAUUGGAUUUUUAGAUGUUGAGACUGCUUGAGCUGGGCUUGUAUGGUUUCUCGGUGUCCGUGUGGAAAGAUGUACUUUUUUCCCCCUCCAUGUGGAUUGUGUUUGUUUUGAUAUGUUGGGAUAAAUAUUGCUUUUGGGAAAUCAUUUGAGGAGACCGUGCCUUUCUACAGCACCUUUGGAGGUAUCGCUCUCUGAAAUUACUUUGGGGAUGACGGCAGUGUCUUAGCUCCCUAGGUUUCUCUAUCCUGGACGUAGAAGAUGGCUCUAAACUCCAUGUGAAGAGGACUGUUUUAAACCAACGUCUUAAAAGCAACGCUGGUCCACCCAUUGAUUCCAGACUACAAAGCAUUGUUGCAUUUUCCUCUGAAAUCUUUAACUGACUGGAGGCUUGUCCUGUGUCUGUCCCAGGUGUUAACCUCGUCUUAACCCGGGUUAAACUUGGUCCUGACUUGGUCUUAGACAGUUCUUAACCCGGACCAACCGGUGCACCUGGUGCUCAACUGGCCUCUCAAGACUUACGAGGGGGAUCAACUUUCCACAAAAACAGGAACAGAGAGAGAGGGUGGAGGGUGGGGGACAUUCCCAUUCCAGAAAAAGGGGUCUCCUGCUUUCCUGAGUGUAAAUACAUUUCUCAGCUUACAUUGUGGACACAUGCCUAACUGUACUUUAUGGAUUUAUCAGAGUAAUUAUUGACACUGGCUGUCAUCUGGAGUUCUUGCCAUCUCCCAGCCUGGACUUUUAGCUGGAGAAAGGAGUAGCCUUCCGCUUGCCACUGGUCACCAGGGUUUACAUGAGUUACAUUUCAGACAUGAAUGUGGGUGUGUGUGUGAUAGCAGGGACACCUAUAGUUUCUAGGUUCUACUGUUUUUGGAGCGUUAGGAAACGUUCACACUCCUUCGUUCUUGAGUACUGAGUUGUGAAAUAUGCUGUUAAUAAAUCUGUCUUUUUAAGUUAUGCUCCGCACCAAAGCUCUGCUAGCAACCUGUGGUGGUCGACCUGUAGUUGUGACAGAUAUCGUUCCAGAUAGCUCUGGUUCCCACUGCUCUCUGGGAGGGUUCAGAGACGUGUUGUAUUAUUUCUGACCAUACCAGAGGAGAGAGAAGGGGGGGAGAUAGAGAGGGAGGGGCUGAUGACAAACAACCACUCCCCCGAGGGCUGAGGUUACUGUAGGUCAACAGCAGCAUCGACACUGUGUGUGUGUGUGUGCAUCCGAAUGUGUGUGCGCGUCUAAGGGAGCAAUCAGAAUCAUAAAAAAAGCCUAAAAAACCUAAAAAAACACUUGGCUCUCAGAGACGGCAAAGAAUUCCACUCCGACGACAAAGGGGGAAUACCAGACCAGCACCGACCACUCUCCAGGCUUAGAGACACUGCUCACACCUCUGACCAGAGAAAAGAGAGAAAGAAAAUAAGAGGGAGGGGAGGGGUGAGAGCCAAAAGAACAUGGAGGCCCAGGCCAUGGAUAUUUCAGUCAGCAUGGACACAGAGACAGAGAAUGGGACAGACUGGGAGUGUCUGUCUGACUGGGAGGUUAUCCCUCAGCCACAAGACGAUGAGACCCAGGCCGAGGCCUGGGUCUGGGAGAAUGGGUCAGAGACAGAGAAUGGGACAGACUGGGAGUGUCUGUCUGACUGGGAGGCUAUCCCUCAGCCACAAGACGAUGAGACCCAGGCUGAGGCCUGGGAGACCUGGGACUGGGAGUCAGAGAGGGUCCCAGACGUAUUGAGUCCCACGUAUAAGCAGCGCAAUGAGGACUUCAGAAAACUCUUCAAGCAGCUACCCGACUCAGAACGCCUCAUUGUGGACUACUCCUGUGCCCUGCAAAGAGAUAUCCUGCUGCAGGGGCGCCUCUACGUCUCGGAAAAUUGGAUCUGUUUCUAUAGCAACAUCUUCCGCUGGGAAACGCUGCUGACGGUGCGGCUGAAGGAUAUCUGCAGCAUGACCAAGGAGAAGACGGCCCGCCUCAUUCCCAACGCUAUCCAGCUGUGCACUGACAAUGACAAGCACUUUUUCACCUCGUUCGGAGCGAGGGACCGGACAUACAUGAUGAUGUUCAGACUAUGGCAGAAUGCUCUGCUAGAAAAGCCCUUGUGUCCCAAAGAAUUGUGGCAUUUUGUCCAUCAGUGUUAUGGCAACGAGCUGGGUCUGACCAGUGACGACGAGGACUACGUGCCGCCGGACGAUGACUUCAAUACCAUGGGGUACUGCGAGGAGCUGCCCGUGGAGGAUAAUGACACCAACUUCGCCAAAAUGCCUGACACCAAGGGAGACACCAGCCCCCUGUUGUCCCACAGAGCCUUCCCCAACAACGCCCUACCCUGUCCGAGCACGAUCGAAUCACUCCUCCCCUUUAACUUGGCUGUCGUGGACGAGUUCCCCCUGUGUCUCCCCGAUGGCGAACUCCUGACCCUCCAGUUGCCGGGGUUGGACAACCGGAGCAGUGGUCCCAGUAGCCCCGCCCCCUCGCCCUCGCUGGACUUCAACGACAACGAGGACCUCCCUACCGAGCUCAGCGACUCCUCCGAGACGCACGACGAAGCAGGGGAGGUGCAGGCCUUCCAUGAGGACCUGAAUGGGAAGCAGUACAUAAACGAGGUGUACGAGUUCAGCGUUGACAAGAUGUACGACAUCCUCUUCACCGAGUCCACCUUCAUGAGGGACUUCCUGGAGGAGAGACGCUUUUCAGACAUAGUCUAUCACCCCUGGAAGAAAGAGAAAGAGGAGACGGGCAACCAGACCAGAGAGAUCAUGUACACCAUCUCCCUCACCAACCCCCUGGCCCCCAAGACAGCCACCGUGACUGAGACGCAGACGCUGUACAAGGCCAGCCAGGAAAGCGAGUGCUACAUCAUAGAUGCCGAGGUGAUAGCACACGAUGUCCCCUACCAUGACUACUUCUACACCCUAAACCGCUAUGUGCUCACCAGGGUGGCCAAGAAGAAGUGUCGGCUCAGGGUAUCCACAGAGCUGCGCUACAGGAAACAGCCGUGGGGGCUGGUCAAGGGCUUCAUCGAGAGGAACUUCUGGAGUGGCUUGGAUGAGUACUUCAGACACUUAGAACUGGAGCUGAGUAAGGUGGAGGUGGUCCUGGCCGAGCCCCACAGACAGUCCCCCAAGGCCAGGGCUCUACGGGCAGGGGCAUUGAGGCGACGGAAACGGCCCCUGGUCCACCUGCGGCCCCCACACAUGGACGAAGCCCUCAGCUCCGUCACCACGCCCGAGGACGAGGAGGUCACCCACCGCCACCGGAUCAAACACGUGGCAGCAGGCUCCACUCAAACCAGAUACAUCCCGGACAAUGUCCCAGGAGGCCUAGCGCUCUACAGUGUCUCCAAGCUACUCCUCAUCAUCAGCUUUGUCCUAGUAUUGUUGGUGUUUCUGAACAUGAUGCUUUUCUAUAAGCUGUGGAUGCUGGAGUACACCACACAGAGCCUGACCUCGUGGCAUGGCCUACGACCACAAGAAAGUAAACUUCCACAGACGCAGCUGGAGUGGGCCCAGCUUCUGGAGUCGCAGCAGCGGUACCAUGACGAUGAGCUGCAGAAGUGGAAGGAGAUCAUCAAGUCGUCGGUGAUGUUGCUGGACGAGAUGAAGGACUCACUAGUAAACCUGCAGAAGGGCAUGGGCUUAAGAGACUAUAACUCUGAAUCGGAGGAGAAGAGGACUCGAUAUCACUGACAAACCUAACAAUCCUAAGCCACCAGCCAGGACAUUAUGUGCAAUAUCUAAGGAACCAUUUAUGGGAAAGUCUUGGGAAAAGUCUUAGGAAAACAAGAGAAAUAUGUUUUCUUGCACGGGGGAACGACGACAGGUCUCCCAGAACGACCGACUCCACUCCCACCGCCCAACGUCUGGCAGAAAGUUACCUCAUCACCACUAGGACAGGAUUGGGGCGGACACCGUCUGCACCGUUGCAUCAUGGGAAAAGACAGCGGUGCCAUGACCUACAUUGGCCUAAACUCUGACUUUUUUAUCACCUCGUUCUCUGAGAAUGUUGUACUGUAAGGUGUUUUUUUGUUUUGUUUGUUUUUUGGGGCCACGUACGGACAAAGCAAAGAUAGAAGGGAUGGUUCAGGGAAGCUUGCAUUUCUUGUCUCCGUCGGAUAAAAAAAAUAAAGUUUUCGGUGGAGAUGUGUAUUGAAACGUCGGCAUAUUUGUCUCAGAAGAGCAAAAAUAAUACUGGGUCAGGGGUUCCUUGUGUUCCUCCAUAGCCUUUUUAGGAACUCUUGGACAAAGUUUUGGCGCUGCAGUAUCCCUUUUUUUUUUUACAGACCUUUGGACUCUGGGACCAGGUUACGAUCAUAAACGGAACCACAAUCAAUGUGCAGUGUUUCAACACAACCCAUCAUUUAUAGGAUAGAACCUCCAGGAAUCAUAGUAUAUUAUAAAUGCAUAUAUAAUAUAUAUAUAUAUAUAUAUAUAUAUAUAUAUAUAUAUAUGUAUACAUAUAUAUAUACGAAUAUGAAUAUAUUAUAAUAACGUAUGUCUUUUUUUUUGUAGAGUUGCAGUCAGGGCAAAUUUUUACCAGGCUUCCAUGGUGUAUCAGGGCAGGUUUCCCUGAAAGCUUGUGCCAUGGCGUUGUGUUUCUGUGUUUGUGUGUUCAUGUUUUCUAAGGCAUGCUCUCUACUGCGUGUAGAGUACCCCUACCCCUUUGAUUUGUAUUCGUGGACAGGGGAGCUAGCCAUAGCUUUUAGCAGCAGUGAGAAUGUAUUUGGAUAACUGGCUACGUUACCAGCUUGUUAGCAUACACGGAUGAGAAAGCGGUCAGCUUUUGCAGAGGUACACAGUAGGUGUUUCUCAAUAUGCAUACUACCGUGCUCCACACUGUCGUGCUCCGAGUGCAUUCUUAGAAGACGCUCUCUUGAGUACGUUCUUGUGAGGACGAGAGUGUGGAGAACGCAUAAAACAUUACAUUUGAGAAGCACACCCCUUAUUGUAUUCUCAUGCUGCACUUCCCCAUUCACGGAACUUUCUUCCAGCCAGGACAAUGACAAUAGAGAUGAAACCAGAUAUACACAAAGCAAAUUGUUUUACUUUAUAACUAUCAGCUAGCUACAAGUGAAUUGUAAUUAUCUAGCUCAUCAGAUAGUUUAACAGGCAAAAAAAUGACCUAAAACUAAUGUCAUGCAAAGUAGAUGUCAAUUCUUCAUGGUUAACAGUUAACAGUUCUUUGUGACCAUCUGGCUAGCUAACAGUAGUAGCUAGCCAGUUAGCCCUAUUGACUUACUACGGGCUUGCGAUCUACAUAUACUACAGUGGGUAUUGUAGGCAGGUAAACAUGCCAAAAUUAACACAGCAUGUAUUUAUUAACAUAUCCAGAUAAAACAUUGUAGUCAAGGCACCAUAUGAGAUGUCAGAGUUUAUUUUCUCCCACUUCAGCUAAAAUAAUGUCUGCCAUUGAUUUCUAAUAAUUUUGUGUCAUUUUUUUUACAUGGUUGCAUCAUAUUUCUGUGCAUACUUUCCAUUGAAACUUGCAUUGAUUCAUGCUUCAAAAUAUGUACAAACAGAGUACGCAUUCGAGAAGUGCCCUCCGUGCUCUGUUUCGCAUACUUUGAUUUGGACUCACACUCCGACCCUCCUGUGCUUCAAUUUGCGUGCUCGGAGCAUGAUAGUAUGCAUUUUGAGAAAUUUUCCAGUGAUGCAACGUUCUUCCGAGAACAGGGCUUUCUUGGCCCUAGCCAACCCCAAAUGUUAUAUCAACGUUGUGCUUAGGUUUUUAUCCAUACACGUCUUCAACCUUGUCCUUCAGGAUGAUUUGUUUUAGGUUAUGGAUACAUCUAUUCAUUGUUGCCAAGAUUUACGUGUCAAGUUUUAUGCUAACGUAUCUUUUUAUUUUAUUUUGGGCAGUAUUGUUAUCUUUUAUUUAGCCGCUUUGUGUUGUAUCAAUUCAUUUGUGGCUGUCCUGUAUUGGCUGGAACAGGAUGUACUUGGGAGUGUAAUGUAUAGGCAUUGGUAUGGACCCUAAGUGAUUUUACACAUUCGAUGGAGCUUGAAUGUGUCUCUACCGGCACUUCAAAAAUAAUUUAGGUUGUUUUACCCAGUAUUUGUUAUCAGCCCAAAUACUGUGUCAGACAGAGAGAACAUAAUGAUCAGUGUUAUGAUCAUGUGGAUGUUAUACUAUGUCGCUCUAUGAACCUUCUUCACAGGGCACCUGGUUGUUCAGCUUUUAACCACAGACGGAGUGGACAGUAUUUUAGGGAGGGUAUUUCUUCGGAGAGGGACGUCAUUUUACGAAGGGAUACUGCAGCUGAACCCGAAAAACUUUGAUCACUACGAAAUAUUUGAUGAUUAAAACUGUGAACUUCCUCAUUGAAAAAUAUGCUUGAAGCUGGAAAAAACAAGACUAACGGAAAUUGAACAGUAUUCAGAGGCAGAUAUUUAGGGAUUUAUUUAUGUACAGUGUAUACAGGAAAUGUAAAAGAAACGUUUGGGGAAACAUUCAGUGGUCACCCACUGAAGAACUGGAUUCAAAUACAGUACCAUUUGAAAUAAUUUCAAAUAUUUCAGCUGUGCUUGAUUGAGUUUUCCUGGCUUUUAUGGACCAAUAGAAAAGUCCUAAAACUGCAGACCCCACCCAUUUGACACUCUAGGCAGGCUAAAACAAACUCAAAAGUAUUUGAAAGAUUUCAGAGAGUAUUUGAACUCGGGUCUGACCUACUGUACUCCCCUGUCUUCCCAAAGAUGUCUGUUGUGGGCUAUGUCCUGGCAUAUUGGAUGUGUCAAGUUGACACAGUCAACCAUUCCCACAUCGUUUGUGUUUGUUGAUUUAAAAUGCCCCAAAUGUAAAAAUGUACAAGAAUGGUAUCAACUGUGGCUAAAACUACAAUUUUAGUAUCUCCCCAUCUGUCUAUGGAAGAAGCAUAGCUAUCAAAAUACAUUUUCAUUUCAAAUUGAAUUUCGACAGCUAAACACUUCCAUAUUUGCUUGCCACCCAUGUAUGUUCAAUUGGUUGGACUCUCAAGGUUUCCUGUGACGACUUUGGAAACAAACAAAGCCUGUGGCUGUUGAUUCAGCCACUAACUGGUAUGUUUGAUGGAUUGGGAUGAAGACAUACACAGUGCACGGUGUGCAGAAGUAACAUUUAGGCCAAAAUAAUUAUGUCUUGAGUUUAUCAACGUUACGCAUUGGGAUACAACGCUUUAGACAUGGGUCAUAUUCACUUACGAAGCAAACGGGCGAAAACAGAGAAGGACGUACCUGAAUUUGUCCAAUAAGAAACACUAGUUUUCCUCUACAAAGCAUUUUGCUAUUGUGUGCGCUAAUGACUAUGACCCUGCACUCAUUGGCUUUGCAGACAGUGGAUCGGCACAACUCACGUACAUUCCAAAAAGAAGAGGGUUUCAUCUGAAAGAAGAAACAACAAUAUAUGCAAUGGAUUGAUACAGUGGGUAGCACUUCAUACAUUAUGAAUGCGAGUCAUUUACAGCAUUGCUGAAUGAUUUUCCCCACUCCCUUGCGCUAUGACAUGGUCAAUGUUGCUGAAAUGGCCAUUUGACCUAGUUCAGGUCAAGUUGUUAAGCCUAAUUUUAAGAGUGAUAAUUGAGACGAGAUCUAUUCAGGGCAGAUGAAAUGGUAUUCUUGAGAAAAAGGGCCCAUGAUGAGAUUACAAUGAUUUAUACUGUACCUUACAUUUUUCAUCAGUCGACAUGACAAUCAUUUCUGUUGACUUGGUGAGAGGAGUAAGAAAGCGGUCAACCAACGUGAGAUGAUGUGCAACCAAAAGGUGACCCUUGGAAUAAGAUGGAAUACGCAGCAGGAGGAAACAACGCAACUUGCCGCUCCACCACUCGUUAUUGAUUUUGUUGCCGAGGAGGGUCGCACAACUGUGUGCAAGUACAUAUUGUGCUCUUCUACCGUGUGUGCAAUGCUGUUGAGGUGGGAAAAAAACAGUGUUCGUUGAUUGCAGUAACUUUGUUGUUGUAGUUUCUCAAACGGACGUGGCUGUUUCACCAUUAGGGAUUCAAAGAAAACGCUCGAUUAAUCCGAUGCAAUACAUAUAUUUAAUACAUUAUCUAACAUUUCGAUAGUAAGCUGCCUUCGUUUGAGUUUCUGAAAAACGUAGAGACCCUUUGAUGACCCUUCUAUAGAGAAUGCAUGCUAGAUUCCUGUCUCAUUCGAUUUAAUUCAUGAUCUCAGAUGUGUUCUAUGCAUAGGUGCUUUAUAUAUGCAGGAAUGCCUCAAAUGGCCCUGAAAAUGAAAUUGUUAAAUUGUGUUUUUAAUAGAAUGGUCAGUAAGCAUGUCUGAGUGUCUGAGAAAACAAACAAAAUAUGUUGCACCCAAAAAGUAGUGUUCUUAAAAACCUGAAACUGAAAGAGCACUGAAAGAGCUUUCUUUAUUAAUUUGAACGCUCACAAAGCUGCAGCUUGACCUGUUCAUGUUUGCCAAAUGAUAGUAAAUUCUAAGGAAAUUAUGAACAAUAUAGGUAGAAAAUAGUGUCUUAAAUUGAGCAUGAGACAUAAAUAGCAAAUUGAAAGGAUGUAUUUUAGAGCUUGUGUUUGUGGUUAAGUUUCCAUGACAAUCCCACGAAGCCUGACCUCCAAUGCUUUCAAACCCUUCACUUCAGUACACACACGAGCGCACACGCACACACCUCAGACCGGUGCAAGUUUUCCAUCUCAGAAACACUUGUUGUGGUAUUGUAUAUCCUCUGUGUGUGUGUGUACAAUACCUGAUAUGUUUUUUUUAAGUGUUUUGAUCUAUAUAUAUAUAUGACUGAAAUAUUUCUACAGAUAAUACUGUAUGUAUAUGUUGUGUAUAGCUCCAGUGUACACAGACUAGAGAAACCCAUCCACGCUGGGCGUGGUCUUGGGGGGAAAACUUUGAAAGGAAAAAACAUUCUAAAAGCUUUAUUGGUUUGUGGAGGAGUAGAGAUGAAAUAAAAUAAUGGGAAGUAUGA